GUGUCUCGCAGCUCUCUCUCCCAGUACAAAGCACCAAACUGCGCUGAACGCGAUGGACACGUUUCCAUUCCUGCUCGUGGGGCUCCUUGUUGGUGUCGGCGCGGCGAAUCCUCCACCCCAAAACCUGAACCAAAUAUCCAUCGAGGGGAGUCGCUACAUCACGGAACAGGUGGAAAAUGCGGUAAAGGGAGUGAAAAAGAUGAAAUCGAUCAUGGACCGAACCGGGACGGAACAUCAGGAGAUUGUGCGGAACCUGGAGGAGACCAAAAAGAACAAAGAGGAAGCCCUAAAGAGAGCCCUAGACACGGAGCAGCAGCUUGCGGAGAAGAAGGAGGUGUGUAACGAGACCAUGUUGGCCCUCUGGGAGGAGUGCAAGCCCUGCCUGAAACAGACCUGUGUGAGGUUCUACUCCAAAACCUGCCGGAGCGGCUCUGGCCUGGUGGGGCGCCAGUUUGAGGAAUUCCUGAACCAAUCUUCUCCAUUCUCCAUUUUAAUCAAUGGACAGCAGAUCAACUCGCUGACCCAGGAGGGAGAGCAGCAGUCUAUGACCCUGGAUGACCUUGAGGGGGGCUACAGUCUGGUGGAGGACAGUGUCGAUGAGCUCUUCAGGGAAAGCAUCAAAGCCUUUGGGCAAAUGAAGCCGUUCUUCAGUAAUUCCUUCCAUAGUGACUUCUUUGGGUCUCAGUGGAACCCAUUUCCCUUCCAGCGAGUCGGGUUCCCAUUUGCUGAGUCUCGGCGGGCAAGGUCUCCCUCGUUCCACCCCUAUUUCUCUGGGGACUUCGAGUCCCUCUUAGAGGCUGCACAGAAAAUGAUGGAAAGAAGUCACCACUUUGCCCCAAGGCUGGAAGGACUGGGCUCCAUAAGGGGAAAUGGCGAUGAAUCCGAUGACAAACUGGUCUGUAAGGAGUUGCGUCGCAAUUCAGCCGGCUGUUUAAAGAUGCAGGAAAAGUGUGAGAAAUGCAAGGAGAUUUUAGCAUUAGAUUGUUCCGGGAAGGAUCCGGUGCAGGAGCAGCUGCAGGAGGUGUUUCAGGACUCCCUGCGCCUCGCCGAGAGGUUCACCAGGGAGUACGACGACCUCUUGGAACAGUUCCGGGAGAAGAUGCUCAACACCACCGGUAUCUUGGAGCAGCUGAACAAGCAGUUUGGGUGGCUUUCCAAAUUCACCAACAUGACCCAGGGCAGAAAGAAUGGGAUCUUCCAAGUUUCCACUAUCUAUUCCAAGGAAGGAGAGUCUCCUUCCGACACCAAAGUGACCGUCAACGUCUUCGACUCCGACCCAAUAACCUUCGCUUUGCCCGGAUACAUCUCCAUGGAUGACCCGAAGUUUGGGGAACUGGUGGCCGAGGAAGCGCUUAAGAGGUUUAAAGCGGAAGCUGUUGAGGCUGCCUGACCCGACACCGGUGGGAUUUGCUUCGGCCCCAUCGGCGGCUUCUUCCUGCCACUUCCGUAGAACAGGUCCGCGACCCCUAUGGCAACGCCCCCGAGCAAUAGGCAAAGCGUAUUGAUACCUCCGCUACCUCCUGACGCCAGAGCCCGAUACUCUUCAUACUGUUCCGUUACUACUGUUACUGCCACAUGCUGCUUUUUUUAUUAUUUUUGUAGGAUUCCGACAAAUAAAUGGCCUGUAAUAUUGUG